AUGGGGGACACAGCGCCCCCACAGGCCCCCACAGGAGGGCUAGGGGGGGCCCCUGGGGCGGGGCUCCUUGGAGGGGGCUCAGUCACCCCGAGAGUGCACAGUGCUAUCGUGGAGCGCCUCCGGGCUCGGAUCGCCGUCUGCCGCCAGCACCACCUAAGCUGUGAAGGACGCUAUGAACGUGGUAGGGCUGAGAGCUCUGACCGGGAACGAGAGAGCACCUUGCAGCUCCUGAGCCUGGUACAGCAUGGCCAGGGGGCGAGGAAGGCUGGCAAGCACACCAAGGCCACCACUGCUGUGGCCACCACUACCGCCCCUCCACCGCCCCCUGCUGCCCCUCCUACAGCCUCUCAAGCCGCAGCGACAGCCGCCCCACCGCCCCCACCAGACUAUCACCAUCACCACCAACAGCACCUGCUGAACAGUAGCAGUAAUGGUGGCGGUGGUGGGAUCGACGGGGAGCCGCAAUCACAAGCUUCAACCCCUGGGGACCAGAGGAACUCAGCCCUGAUUGCGCUCCAGGGUUCCUUGAAAAGAAAACAGGUGGUUAACCUGUCUCCUGUCAACAGCAAGAGGCCCAAUGGCUUUGUUGACAACUCAUUCCUUGAUAUCAAGAGAAUCCGUGUGGGGGAGAACCUCUCUGCAGGACAAGGGGGCCUGCAAGUAAAUAAUGGACAAAAUCAGAUUAUGUCAGGGAGCUUGCCCAUGAGCCAAGCACCCCUGCGGAAGACUAACACUCUGCCACCCCAUACACAUCCUCCUGGAAAUGGUAUCUUUAACAUGGGCUUAAAGGAAGUGAAGAAGGAACCAGGAGAGACUCUAUCUUGCAGUAAGCACAUGGAUGGCCAGAUGACCCAGGAGAGCAUGUUUUCCAAUAGGUACGGAGAGGACCCUGUAGAGCAGCUGAUGGACCCAGAGCUGCAGGAACUGUUCAACGAACUGACCAACAUAUCUGUGCCUCCCAUGAGUGACCUGGAGCUGGAGAACAUGAUCAAUGCCACCAUCAAGCAGGAUGACCCAUUUAACAUUGACUUGGGUCAGCAAAGCCAGAGGAGCACUCCCAGGCCCUCCUUGCCCAUGGAGAAGACAGUGAUCAAGAGUGAAUACUCCCCGGGCCUAACCCAGGGCCCCUCGGGCUCCCCUCAGCUGAGGCCCCCAUCAGCUGGCCCUGCAUUCUCCAUGGCCAACUCGGCGCUCUCCGCUUCCUCCCCGGUCCCUUCUGUCCCUCAGAGCCAGGCUCAGCCUCAGACAGCCUCGGGAGCAAGCCGGGCCCUGCCGAGCUGGCAGGAAGUAUCCCAUGCCCAGCAGCUCAAGCAGAUCGCGGCCAACCGUCAGCAGCAUGCCCGGAUGCAGCAGCACCAGCCUACCACCUGGUCGGCCUUGCCCUCCUCCGCUGGGCCAUCGCCAGGUCCGUUUGGGCAGGAGAAAAUCCCCAGCCCUUCUUUCGGUCAGCAGCCAUUCAGCCCGCAGAGCUCCACAAUGCCUGGGGUGGCGGGCGGCGGCAGCCAGUCGAAGGUGAUGGCUAACUACAUGUACAAGGCCAGCCCGUCGGCCCAGGGAGGGCACCUGGACGUGCUCAUGCAGCAGAAGCCUCAGGAUCUCAGUCGGAGUUUCAUGAACGCCCCGCACACAACCAUGGAGCCCCGGCAUGGCAACACUAAGCCUUUGUUCCAUUUUAACUCAGAUCAAGCAAGCCCGCAGAUGCCUUCUGUUUUGCCUUCCCAGGCUAAGCCUUCUCUCCUGCACUACACCCCGCAGCCGCCGCAGCCGCCCCCGCAGCCGCCCCAGCAGCCCCCGCAGCCGCCCCCGCAACCCCCGCAGCCGCAGAGCUCCAUUUCAGCUCAGCAGCCCCCACCGCCGCCGCCGCCGCAGUCCCAGCCCGCCCAGCCCCUGUCCAGUCAGCCUUUGCUAAGGUCCCCCUUGCCGCUGCAGCAAAAGAUCCUGCUUCAGAAAAUGCAGAACCAGCCCAUCACAGGCCUGGGGUAUCAAGUCUCCCAACAGCACCGACAGGAUCAACACUCUGUGGUAGGCCAGAACACAGGCCCCAGUCCAAGUCCCAACCCCUGCUCAAAUCCAAACACCGGAAGUGGUUAUGUGAACUCCCAGCCAUCACUGUUGAAUCAGCAAUUGAUGGGAAAGAAACAGACUCUACAGAGGCAGAUCAUGGAGCAGAAACAGCAGCUUCUCCUCCAGCAGCAGAUGCUGGUUGAUGCGGAGAAGAUUGCUCCGCAGGAUCAGAUAAAUAGACAUUUGACAAGGCCACCACCAGAUUACAAAGACCAAAGAAGAAACACGGGCAAUAUACAGCCAACUGCUGCUCAGUAUUCUGGUGGCUCAUCAGCUGUGAGUUUAAACUCUAACCAGGCUUUGGCAAACCCAGUUUCAACACAUACCAUUUUGACUUCGAAUUCCAGCCUCAUGUCUACUUCGCAUGGGACGAGAAUGCCAUCGUUACCCACAGCAGUUCAGAAUAUGGGGAUGUAUGGAAAUCUGCCUUGCAGUCAACCUGGCACAUACAGCGUCACUUCAGGAGUGAAUCAGCUGACCCAGCAGAGAAACCCAAACCAACUGAUAGCAAAUCAAACCACCCCUCUGAUGCCACGGCCACCUACCUUAGGGGCAAGUAAUAAUAAUAAUAACGUGGCCACUUUUGGAGCUGGACCUGUUAGCAGUUCGCAGCAGGUAAGACCAAAUUUAACCCACAGCAUGGCAAGCAUGCCAGCGCAGAGAACGUCGAAUGUAAUGAUCACAUCCAGCACAACAGCACCAAACUGGGCCUCUCAAGAAGCAACAGCCAAACAACAGGAAGCCCUGAAGUCCACAGCAGUCCGCUUCCCCACAGGUGCACCUGCAGCCUAUACUCCAAACCAGUCCCUACAACAGGCAGUGGGCAGCCAGCAGUUUUCUCAGAGGCCAGUGGCUCCUCCUAACCAGCUCACACCAGCAGUGCAGAUGAGACCCAUGAACCAAAUGAGCCAAACAUUAAAUGGACAGACCAUGGGUCCACUCAGAAGUCUGAACCUCAGACCCAGUCAGCUCAGCACACAAAUUUUGCCUAAUUUGAACCAGUCAGGAACAGGGUUGAGUCAGUCGAGGACAGGCCUGAGCCAGCCGCCAUCCCUGACCCCGGGCAGUUUCCCUUCGCCCAACCAAAGUUCCAGGGCUUUUCAAGGAACUGACCAUGGCAGUGACUUAGCUUUUGACUUUCUCAACCAACAGACCGAUAACAUGGGCCCUGCCCUGAACAGCGAUGCUGAUUUCAUUGAUUCUUUAUUGAAGACAGAGCCUGGUAAUGACGACUGGAUGAAAGACAUCAAUCUUGAUGAGAUCUUGGGGAACAACUCUUAAAGGAGAAGAGGGAGACAAUUAAUAAACUCCACGCACUAAAAGGCAGUAUUUCACAAGGACUCUGUAAAGGCCAAACUCUUGACUUUUAGUUGGACUAUGUGAAGAUACCUUGGCUUACACGUGGAAGCAGAAAGUUAACUGCAGUGCUUGGUUCAAAUGUUUGUUUUAAGUCUCAAACCUGAAAGUAAAAUCUUGGGAUCACCUUUCCCUAUCUAAACUCCAGGACACAGUAUCCAGUUUUCCCAAACAGAACUGUGAUGUUGAUGUGUAAUUAGUUGUGUAAAAUAGGCUUCCCAAGCUCCUUUCCUCCCUGAAAGAAAAGUAAUAGAGCUUGUCGCUUGCUAAAUCCCAUGUCAUAUGGAGGUUCUAGUUCCCAGCAACAAAUUCCUUCAUUUGCUCUAAUAGAUAAUAAGUGUGGUUUAAUCUUCACACUCCUGUCUUUUCAUUUAGUUUUCCUAAGACGUCCAGGGUAGAUUAAAAUGUUAUAGGUUUGUUUGGAGUAACCAAACAGUGCCCCAAGUAGAGCAAAGCCAGAGAAACUAGAGAACAUCCAAUGGAUUAUAGAGUUUCUUCCCCAGAUUCACCUCUCACUUGGUCAGUUUUCCCACAUACGCCAUACUUCCGCAACAUGCCAUGUCUAGUGGUGAAACAAGAUUGCAGCUCUCCAACUUUAUUUGGGCUUCCACAAUCAAUUCCUGAAUCCAUUUCCAAUUAGAUAAAAAUCACAACUUGUCCUAAUCAUACUGAAAUAUUGGUGCAUAUAUGUCUGCAUCAGAUUUCACUAUUUCAAAAAGAAAACAUCCCAUGGGACAUGGCUACAAAGGAGAUUUAUCCAGCCACAAAUAACCUGGGGUGUUGCUUCUUGUGAUCAAGCCUGCUGGUUAGUUCCCAUGCCGAGUGAAAUUGAGCCUUGUCUUCCCUGCUUAUUUUGAUGACCAGAGACUGACUUGUAAGAAAACGGAGAUAAGAAGGUAUCUUGUUUUGAUUGGAGAUAAGAAACAGAAGAUCAGGACAAGAAAUGGUGGGUAUGGUUGGGUACAGAUCUAUUUCACAGGGUUUGAAGGAAAGCAUAAUUGAGAGAGAAAACAAUCUGUCCUGAUUUGGGCAUAUUUUGGGUGAACAGCUAAAGAGAAUGUGAUCUGUUCCAGUAGCAAUGUGUUCAUUCUUGGCUCCCUGAUAUGAUAUAUCUUCACCACAUGCUAGACGGACCCUGCAUUAUCCAGGUUUUCUCCCUCAGGGCUGAGCACUGUAUCAAAGAAGGAGUUUUUGUUGAGUCAUCUCACCUCAGCGCCCACACACAGAUCAGCUAUAAAAUGGGGAGGACAUGUGCUGAUUUGGAAUGGAUGCAAAAUAUCACUAUCAUUUUCCUCGUUACAGAAGAACAUAGGUUAUCUUCAACCUUUUUAGUUAUAUGCCCACAUACUCAAUUAUCAGAUGUAAUUUAACUGGACUUGUUUAAUAACUAAGUCUUUUGAUACCUGUGCUAAAAAAGAUCAUAUUUUGAAAGUUCUGCAAAGCCCUCUCUCAAUCUUUAAAAUGUCUAGAAGAACACUCUUUCUUUUACACAAUACCAACAUCACUGGCCCAGAAUCUUUUCUGUGCUAGGUUGUAAAUAUGAAUAAAUGACUUGUUUUGUAAACUUUUGUAAAGAAUAUUUUGGUAGAAAUACUUAAAACAUAUUCUUUGGGUUAUAUUUAUACAUAUGUGAAAUAAAUAUACUAUCAAAAGGUUAUAUUUUAUACAAAAAGUAAAUUGUUACCUUUUGUAUGCUAAUAUACAAAGUUUUGUAUAAUAUGGUUUAUUUUUAGCUCUACACUUAAACCGUAAGAGGUCAAGUGGGAACUUUUGAAAACUAUCAAGAGGCUUGUUAGACAAAUUUAUAUUCUGAAACCUCAAGAAGAAAGCAUUCCAGGUUUCAAUUUUUUCUUUUUUUUUUCUGCUCCCAAAUUAUUUUUUAAACCCAUAGUUCUUUUGUCUUAUUUGAUCCUACUGCUGUGCACAUUGUAUUGGUUCUUGUUGCAUGUGGUCUACUGUGUGUUUUCCCAUUUUAUAAAACAGUGUUUCUCCAUGCAAAAAAGGAAAAAAAAUAUGUACAUAUAAACACUUUUAUUUUAUGACUCCUCCAUGUUACUGUAUAUAUUUGCCAGUACUUCCCAGUUACACUCCUGUGAUUCAGCUUAUUUUUACCCUAACAUAAAUAGUAUGUUUUGUAGUAGCUAUCAAAUUUAAGAGAUAAAGCAAUCAGAAUGUUUGGAUUUUCUUCUAUCUUAAUGUGAAUUUCAUAAUUAAUGUCUAUUUAUUCAGCUACUCAUUAAAAUACAGGAUUCUUUGGAAAAAAAUGGUGUAGUCUAUAGUUUCUGUUUUUUGGCAGCCUAUGACCAAAGAUGACGUAAUUUUCCUGAAAGCUGAGAUGAUGACAAUUUGAUAGACAGAAUAUAGCCAAAACUUGAAGAUUUACAACGUAAAAGCUAUUGGAAUCCAAUCUCCCAUUUAUAAAGAUACCGGACUACUUAAUUCUUGGCAUUGUUUAUCAUUCUAACAUAUUAAACAGGAGGUAGAAGUCAUUUUUUUUUUUAAUUCAAAGACUAGUAAGCAGUUUAGGCAAAUAAUUCAUUCUUGGCUUUGUGUUAAGCCCAAUGAAGAUAAAUAACCUUGCUCUGAGUGAAUGCACUAAUAUUACUUGCAUUACUGUAACUGUACCCAUAACUGUAAAGAUUUCAACUUGUAAAACAAGUAUUUUGUAUUGUGUGUAA